AUGGCAAACGAUGGGGAGGGUUUGGCGCGAGGCAUUAACCUCCUCUCAAAGAUCACGUCCAUGCGAGAAGCAGUGCACUACAUCAACGUUUGCCAUCCCCAAGGUCUUAUCAAAGACCAGACUCGCGCCUUCCCCCUUCAUCCCCUGCAAAGCCCUCCCAACCUGCCUCAGCAGCCGUUCCGGUCUCCCAAACCGCGAAUACCUCCUCUGCAGCUCCGGGCCAAUGGCGCUUCCAAGGUGUCAAAGAGUCUGACGUCGAGAGAGCGAGUGCAGGAGGAAGAGGCGGAGGAAUGGUUUUCCAACAUGCGCGGGAUUUCCUUGCCUCUGUCCUCUAGCAGGUUUUUUUCCUCCACACCAGCUUCUUUCCUUCACUAUCUCCCAGCAGAAUUCCUCAAACGCAAAGGUCGGGAAGUGAAGGUCGGAACUGAGCUGAGGCAAAGCCUCAGGCACAACCAUACCGCUGAGGGUCAAGCGACGUCAAAGACGCUCAUCCGUGAAGACCUCGAGCUCGAGUGUUUGUCUGCGGUCACGGGGAUGAAGUUUCUGCAGGACUGCGGGUACAGACAUGCGAUCCUAGUCGAGGCCGAUGGAAAAGUCUCGGCAUUUGGCGACAACAGCAUGGGGAUCCUCCCGAUGCCUGAGCUGACAUUCUACGAGCAACCUGUUGACAUCUCCCAUUACUUUCCUGCUGCUGCUGAGCUUCAGAUCCGUCAAGUUGCAUGCGGCGGAUUUCACACGCUGAUGCUGAGCGAGGACGGGAGGAUCUUUGUGUUUGGCAGCAACUGCUUUGGUCAGCUGGGUCUCGGGCUGCAUGCAGGGAGCACAGUCUCACAGCCAGCUCAAGUUGCUCUCUCCUCAGAGCUUCAGAGAUACGAGUGA